AUGCAGGACGGCUACGAGUCGGUCAUCUCCCUGGUGGAAGAGAUUGCCAUCAGCUGGCCUCGGAUAGCUGCCCUGACUGAGCCCCCCAGGCGCCAAAGUUUGCUGCAUGAUGCAGACCUAGAGCCUCCCCAGGGGCAGCCGGAGCUGCCGUACGGUCUGGCAACAACCCCCUUGUGCCUGGGGCUGUCUUUGCCCGAUUUUCGGAAGCAGCUGAAGGCCGUCCUGCAAACCAUCGGCCGGAGCCAGGUGGAGAAGAUGCUGCAGGAGCUGAUGGAGGAGCAGAAGCAGGAAGGGAGAGUCCGGCGGUGCCGGAGGGCUGUGAAGGGCCCCAGAGGCAGAGCGGGCAGUGGGACUGAGAUGGUGACGGAAGAGAUGCGUCCUUGGGAUGGCAAUACAGUGACGGCGGGUGCAUGGGGCAUCUUCUCAGGGGUGACUGCAGGGAGUGUCCCCCAGAGCUCGGAGCAGGACGCAGCCCAGGCAUGCCAGCAAGGCCCUGAUGGGGCACAGGAGAGCCCCUCAACAGGCCCCCCCAGUACAUCGGCUUGUGGGGAAGCCGUCAGGACAGCCAGAGAUACCCCAGCCCCCCUGAAACCUCAGUUGGAGGAGCCAGACCAAGGUCCCCGGUCUGGGUGCAAGGAGGACUGCAGUGGGCAGGGCGAUGCCCCCCCAAAAGGUGGUGGAGCGCUGGAGGAGAUGCUCCAUGGUUGCGCAGACGGUGAAGAGCUCUCUGCCUCGCCACGGACCCCCCUGCUUGGUGUGGAGGCUGCCAAAUGUCUCCUGCCGUGGGCAGAGCUGGCCCUCCGGCCCUGGCCCGUGGGGAGCCCGUGCAAGUGCCCAGCUUCUGGGAGGUGUGCAGGGCCGGCAUCCCCCGUCCUCCCCCAGCACAGAACCCCCUGCGAGUGCCCAGCCCACAGGCGCCGCGUCCGCCUCGGCGCCGGGCUGGCCAGGCACCAGCGUACCCCAGUGACCACCAAAGGCAUCCGGCCCCAGGGCUCCCGUGUGGCUUUCAGACGGCGAGGCAGCCACCGGGGCCGCCCGGCCGAGGUACCCGUGGGCUGGACAAGCAGCCCAGUGGCUGUGGUUUCCCCUCUGCCAGCUGGGAGCCGCCAGUGUUACCCGUGUGCCGAGUGCGGCAAAGGCUUCACGCAGCGCUCGGCCCUCAGCAAGCACCGGCGCAUCCACUCGGGCGAGCGGCCGCACCAGUGCGGGGACUGCGGCAAGCGAUUCCUGCAGCGCUCUGACCUUACCAUCCAUCAGCGCCGGCACACGGGCGAGCGGCCCUACGGCUGCCCUGAGUGCGGGCGACGCUUCAGCGUCAGCUCCAACCUGGCCAAGCAUCGCCGAGCCCACCUGGGCCAACGUCCCUUCCCCUGCCCCAGCUGCGGCAAAGCCUUCACCCAGCGCUCCGAGCUGGUCAUCCACCAGCGCCUGCACACCGGCGAGCGGCCCUACUGCUGCCCGCUCUGCGCCAAGUGCUUCAGCCGCCGUUCACACCUCACCCGCCACCAGCGCACCCAUGGACCUCGGCCCCCUGCCGCCCCCCACCCUGACCGGGGGCACGGCCUGGAGCUGGAUGGCACGGCCCGGGACCUGGCACGAUCCCUGUCCCCUCUGCCUCGGGUAGUCCCCCAGCCCUUGCAGCCUUGA